GUUCAAAUGUGUCUUCAGUGGGUGAAUGAGUUAAUCUACGCCGACACAACAUACAUAAACAUUGAAGAUGAAUGUAACAAACGCACAUGUAAUUGCACCUACAUAAAAGCCAUUUUGGUCUCUGUGGAGUAUAACAUAUAUAUAGAAUCUAGUAAUUGAUACAGUAUGCUAAAAGCACCAUACAGCUGUAUCGUUUUUCUAAGACUGAUCGGCGAUGCUAGGGGCAAAAAUACGUUGAAAUCCGAAUAGGCUUAAACUACUAUCGAAACAGAAGGGGAGGUGCCUAAAACACCUUAUAUAAUUAUACGAGUUUAAAAAAAUAAAGACUACUGAUAAAUUUCACAUUCAUGAACAUGUUACAACAAUUCAAGUUCAAUAUGACGAUAUAAGUUUGUUUCUGAAUUAUUAUAAAUUCAUCACCCGACAUUGUUUAUUUUCCACAGAUGUAUGUGAAUAUAAGGAUGUGGGCGUGGUGGACACCGUCAUCCCCGACUCGAACAUCGACAUCUGGUUCCCGAUAUCUGGAAGUAGCCACGUGUCUACAAUCAACCAUGGCGGGGUGUUGAUUGAUGCCUACAAGAGACCGUUCCCGAGUCCGCGUAUAAUGGCACACCCGAGCACGGGCUCCUUUACCUAUGUAUCUCACGUGACUAUAAAAACCACAGCAUCAAAUAUCAAGAUCGAAGUUGUAGAUUGCGGAGGUACUUUUGAAAACCGGACACUUACGAGGGUAUCUCAAACAGGAAGUUUCAAUUAUUUCAAUGCAACUAACUUGGUUGCAGGUGAAACUUUUACUUGUCUAGAUCUCGUAGUUAUUGAGAUCGACACCGCCUCUGUGACAUCAUACGAGGCAUACAUCUUUCAAUUCUACAUCAUGGGAUGUACCUCUACAACGUACUCAACAAGCAAAGUUUGUUCGGCCGUGACGGAAUUGACCGGAUUCACACCCGGGUUUCCCUACGACACAAUUGUGAUACACAGCUCAAGUACAGACCUCAGCCCAACACCGGUCAAGCCAUGUGAAGGAAGCCUCUUUCUCAUACGGGCGGCUUUUGCUGAACCAAUGAUUAUAACUGUCAUUCUUCUCAACGAUGACAGGAGGGGGUCACUCGCCGUCAACUACAUACGGAUCGUCGGAGCCGUGGACGCCAUCAAUCUGCAAUACAUCCCUAGUUUUAGUAAUGGUUCGGUUAUCACGUUGCCAUCUGACAAUAUCACAAUUUAUGGUGAUGAACUUGAAGCAGACAUCAGCCCAAUCGAUAUGUACGCAGUGAGAAUAGUUGAUCUUACUAAAGGAACUUUCCACAACAUAACAGACGUUGUAAUAAGAGCUUGUGUACUGACAGCCGAAAUUCUUGCUGGAAUUUAUGUAAAUGACUCAAGGCUUUGUGAAACAACCUCAACAACAUCGACCACAAGUACAACUAUGACCUCCACGACCUCCAUGACCUCCAUGACCUCCACGACCUCAACAGUCACCACUCCAGGUCUUACCACCACCACUGCUAUCACCACUCCGGCCUCUACCACUGCUCUGGAAUGUUGUGCCUGCACUCCUGUGAGGCCUACCAUAUCAGUUCAGCAAGCCGAGGAAAGGGCCGAGCAACUGGCAAGGGAGCUGCAGGUUGACGUAUCGACCUUGUCGUCUACUAUCAGGAAAAAGACAUCCGCAAAAGACGAACGGCCUUCCGCGAAGAUGGUAGGCUCCAUUGGCAUCAUCAUGUUGUCGCUGACUCUGGGACUUGUGGUCGUACUGGAUGCCGACUAUAUCUAUAAAGUCGUCAAAAUGAUCCAGAAAUGGCGACGUAUUCAACGCAAGCUUAAACUAGCAAAGGAAAAGUCUGCUUCUGCUUCAGUAGAGCCUGAAGGACAUGGAAAAAUAGAGAAUGAUACAAAUCAAACAUAGUGCGAACCGACAAUUUGUAUUAUGAAGACAGUAUAGGAACACAUUCAUCCGUGUUAAUGGAAGUAAAAUGUUAUGAGAAUAAGUGUAUAACGAACGAUAGAGGAUAUCAUGUGAUAAAUCAGUUCAAGUGAACUACAGAGAUGUAAUAUAUUAUGGAAGGGCAUGGUACUAGAGGUGUAAAAUACUUAAAGUAUAAUAUUUCCCAUUUGUACCAAAUAUAUUCUUUCCAGUUUUUUAAUGAUAUACUAAAUAGGUAUACUAGAGAAAUGUAGUAUAAUACGGAAAUGUUAUGUACUACAG